CCGCAUGCGAACGGAAGAUAUCACGAGGCUGUGUGAAGCCGUUCCUCCGGAUUUAGCGAAACUCAUUCGAAAAUACCCCGAGAUUUUCCCGGACGACCUACCCGCCGGACUUCCGCCAAGCCGACCCGAAGACCAUCGCAUCGAGCUGGAACCAGGCGCACAACCAACAGUACAGCGACAAUUUCGGCUCAGCCAACCGGAACUCGAGGAAUUGCAGCAGCAGUUGGAUUACCUCAUGACGAAAGGUUUUAUCCGCCCAAGCACAUCCCCAUACGCCGCCCCCAUACUGUUCACACCGAAAAAAGAUGGCGGAUUCCGUAUGUGCAUCGACUACCGCGCACUCAACCGCAUCACCAUCAAGUCCCGUUACCCGAUCCCGCGAGCCGACGACCUACUCGACCAACUUCGCGGAGCCAAGUUCUUCUCGAAAAUCGAUCUGCGAGGAGUUUACCACCAAAUUCGCGUCGCCGCCGAGGAUUGCCACAAAACCGCUUUCCGAACCCGCUACGGCAGUUACGAAUACUUGGUGAUGCCUUCUGGACUCACGAACGCGCCCUCGACUUUUCAGAUGACCAUGAACGGUGUUUUCCGCGAACUCCAGGAUAAAUGCGUAAUUAUCUACCUCGACGACAUCCUAAUCUUCAGCCGUAGCAGGGAGCAGCACUUAAAGGAUCUUGAUGCAGUCUUCACCCUGCUGCACAAAAAUCGCCUCAUCACGAAAGGGUCUAAGUGCGAUUUUCUUAAGCAAGAGUUGGAGUUUUUGGGAGACGUCGUCUCUACCGAAGGAAAAAGCAGCAAGCUGCAUUCGACCAACUCAAAAAUCGCCCUCACGUCGCCGCCUGUACUUCGCAUCUCCGAUCCCGACCGUCCAUACAAAGUCAUCACCGACGCCAGCGACAUCGCCAUCGGUGCAGUUCUCCUCCAGGACUUCGGCGACGGGUUACAAGCAGUCGCCUACGAAUCACGGAAGCUGCAGGGCGCGGAAAAAAACUAUACAGUCCACGACAAGGAAAUGCUGGCGAUCGUCCACGCGUUCAAGACCUGGCAGUGCUACCUGACCGCAGCUGAUAUCACGGUGCGGAUGGACCACAAAUCCUUACAGUACCUGCGCGCCCAACCGAAUCUCAACCCACGACAGAUCCGAUGGCUCGAUUUCCUCGAGUCCAACUUCCACUACACCAUCACCUACAAACGGGGUGCCAAUAAUAUCGCCGAUGCCUUGACCCGCCCUACUGUCCAUACCGCCGCGAUACUAAUCUCCCAGACCAACCCAUUACUUACGGGACUAUUCACCCACGGCUACAAGAUCGAUCCCUUUUUCCGCGCAGCCAUCCAUCGACAGCAUACCACAGCCACCGGGCCAUAUUUUUAUAAGCGUGGUACUUCUCGCAUUUGGGUGCCAGGCUACGAUUUACUUCGUACCCUCCUAAUCCAGGAAUCCCACGACAACCCUACCUCAGGACAUUUCGGCAUCGAUAAAACCACGAAGAUGUUGCAGCGGAAUUACUACUGGCGGAACAUGGCCGAUGACGUGCGCAAGUACGUGUCCUCCUGCACUGCCUGCCAGAUCAUGAAAUCGUCGCAUCAGCGAGCAGCCGGACUACUACAGCCGUUGGAUCCGCCCGAGCGACCCUGGCAACAAGUCACGAUGGACUACGUAACAGGACUACCGGCCGGUCCCUGGGGAAACGACGCCAUCCUCGUGGUCGUUGGACGACUCACGAAAAUGGCGCACUUCAUCGCCUGCCAACAGACAAUCACAGCCGAACAGACCGCGCAACUGUUCCUCACGAAUGACAUUCGUGAGGAACAACUGCCCUCCGCCAUCAUUUCCGACCGAGACCCGAAAUUCACAUCGAAUUUUUGGCGCCACCUGUGGGACCAAUUCGGCACCAAACUCCAAUUUCCAUCCGCCUACCACCCACAGACCGACAGGCAGACCGAACGCGUCAACCAGACCAUGGAGCAACUGAUUCGUACUACCUGUACUGACCCAUCGACAUGGGAGAAAUCCCUUAUGCUGUUAGAAUUCGCGUAUAAUAACGCGACCUCCGCCACAACCAACCAAUCUCCAUGCUUCCUCAACUACGGACAGGACCCAGUCGUAGCCUCUACACCGACAAUAGAGUCACCCGUGCCCCGGUCCCGGAAAUUUGCUGAAGACAUUCUCGCCGCUCGAGAAAAAACAGCUGAAGCCAUCCGAAAAGCCAACCUGGUUGCAAGCCGACAAGCCGAUCGUCAUCGCCGUGACGUCACUUACAAAGUGGGAGAUCUAGUCCUCCUCGACACCCGCAAUCUACGGCUGCCGAUCCCGAGCAAACUCCGACCCAAAUUCUGCGGACCUUUUCACGUGAUCAACCUAGUGACACCUGUCACUGUUCACCUUCGACUACCAGCUGAUUGGCGCCACCACCCGGCUUUCCACGUCAGUCUUCUCCGACCCUAUUGACCUUGUAUUCUCACGAUAUA